AUAUGAGGCCACUAUUUACCACGGGCUCGCUCGCCAUGGCUCGGCGAGGGCAGCGGGGGUAGCAGGAAGGCGGAGCUGCGCGGACCGGCAGGGUGCGGCGCCUGGGUCUCGCGGAGCGAGCCAUGAGCUCCUACCUGGAGUACGUGUCGUGCGCCGCGGGCGGUGGCAGCGGAGGGGUAGGCGGCGACGUGCUGGGCUUCGCACCCAAGUUCUGCCGCGCCGACGCGCGCCCCGUGGCCCUGCAGCCCGCCUUCCCCCUGGGCAGCGGCGACGGCGCCUUCGUGAGCUGCCUGCCCCUGGCCGCUGCCCGGCCCACGCCUUCGCCUCCCGUAGCCCCCGCGCAGCCCCCGGGCCCGCAGCCCGCCGCGUCCCGGUACGCGCCCUGUACCCUGGAAGGCGCCUACGAACGGGGCGCCGCACCUGCCUCUGCCGCCGAGUAUGGUUUCUUGGGGUCCGGGCCGGCAUUCGACUUUCCGGGCGCGCUUGGGAGAGCAGCGGAGGACAGCGGGCCGCACGUCCACUAUGCCACCUCGGCGGUCUUUUCCGGCGGAGGAUCAUUCCUGCUCAGCGGCCAGGUGGACUUCGCUGCCUUUGCCGAGCCUGGCCCCUUUCCCGCGUGUCUCAAGGAACCCGCAGACGGCCACCCCGGGCCCUUUCAGACUGUGUCCCCGGCCCCCGGAGCCUGCCCCAAGCCCGCCUCGCCCACCUCCGGCCUCCCGGCCGCCCACAGCACUUUCGAGUGGAUGAAAGUGAAGAGGAACGCCCCCAAGAAAAGCAAACUGUCCGAAUAUGGAGCCACAAGCCCCUCCAGUGCCAUCCGCACGAAUUUCAGCACCAAGCAACUGACAGAACUCGAGAAAGAGUUUCAUUUCAAUAAGUACCUAACUAGAGCCCGACGCAUCGAGAUAGCCAACUGUUUACAGCUGAAUGACACCCAGGUCAAAAUCUGGUUCCAGAACCGGAGGAUGAAACAGAAGAAAAGGGAACGAGAGGGGCUUCUGGCCACAGCUGCCUCUGUGGCCUCGCUUCAACUUCCCGGGUCAGAAACAAGUCCCAUCAAAUCUGGCCGGAAUCUAGGAAGCCCUUCUCAGGCUCAAGAGCCUUCCUGAGGCCCACUCUUAAGGCUGAGGACCUUUGGAUUAUACAAGUCACAGACUGCCCCCAGCCCCUUUGUAUAGACUUAAGAGCUUAGUCUAGGCUGGAGACGGGCGUGGGUAGAAAUUAAUACGGAUUUUACUUGGCAAAGGAAUUGUCUAUAUUGGCUUCUGAGGCCCAGAGGCUAUGUAUAGAGAUAUAUAUUUGAUAUCUUUUAUUUGCAUAUUAUUUUUGCCUCAUCAGGGGAAAGCUGUCUAGCUACCAGCCUAAACGCUGCUAUGUUAGUCAUGUACAAUUCUUGGGUACAGAAUGGCAGGCCUUCUUAGUCUGAUGUGGUCAAAACGUGCCUCUCUGAAGUCAUUUCAGUUUUAAGUUCCUGGACAGACUACAUAUAUUCAGCUUCCUGAAAUGACCAAAGCUAGCCAGGGUUCCCUCAAUGGAGCUAAGCUGCUUCAAUGAUGUUCAUAUUGUACUCCAGUUUUAUUUAAAGUCGUUCCUACCUCUUCUUGUGCCUGAGUGAAGAUACACAGUCGCUCUUUAGUUGGUAACGGAACAAAUCCAUUGGGUAGAUAAGGAUUAGAAUCUGAAUUAUACCUUGACAUCAGUUACUCAAACUUGAAGUAUAAAUAUAUACAGUAUGUAUAUUUUUUAAAGAUUUGCUUGCAGUGAACCCUAUAUAUGACAUUUAAUGUCAUGCAUAGCAUGUAAAGAUUUUGACCGUUUUUUUGGUAAUAAAAGUUACAGAAUCUACUA